UCUCAGUGGUGGCCUGAGAGAGAGAGUGUGUGCUCUCACCAUAGCAAGCUCAUAUAGAAGUCUUUCUCUUCGUUUUUUACUUCAAGAGAUUAACAGAGAUAUCGGGAUGCAUCUCUGUUUUGCCAUCACCUUAUCGUUUGUUAUCCUUCUGGGUAACUUUAUCAAACUUCAAGCUACUAUUACUGGGCCGGCUCCUUCAAGCGGUGAUGGUCCUGGGUCUCAGGUGUGCCAAAUGUGCUACCAGGGACCUGCUGGGACCCCUGGCAUUCCGGGCUUACCAGGAAAUCAGGGUCAGUUUGGACCUGCAGGGGCAAAGGGCGAUGCUGGGGUCAAGGGUCAGAAGGGUGAGAUUGGCCCAAUUGGCGCUGUUGGGAACCCAGGCCCAAAAGGGGACGACAGAAUAGGCCUACCCGGUAAGGUAGGUCCAAGAGGUCCACCUGGUUCAGUUGGAAGCACUGGGGAAGCGGGGGUCAAAGGUCAAAAGGGCGAAUCAGGAAAGACUCGAGAUAAUUCUGCCCACCGGGUAGCGUUUACUGUGAUACGGACAAGCCACUCAGAUACCUCUUCGAGCCACAACACCCGUUUGCCCUUCCAGCAGGCCGAGACACUGCUGCAGGGUACCAACUUCGAUCUUGCAAGGGGUACAUUCACAUGUAAUGUGCCGGGCACCUAUAUGUUCACGUUCUCCGUAGGCAAAUAUCCCUCUACCAGUCUGUAUGUUCAUUUUUGGAAAAACGACGCCAAGGUUGUCUCUGGCGCUAGCAGUGAUCGCAAUCCCUAUGAGCAGGUAUCUGGUAGCGCGGUGUUGGUUUUGCAACGACAAGACUCUGUAUAUUUGACCAUGUACGGCAGGGUACGGGGUGAGUCAACCCAUCGCUACACCUCAUUUAGUGGCUUUCUCCUUUACCCCGAAUAA